AUGGGAAACUCUUUUGGUGCUGAAAUUUCCGGGAAAAAUAAAUCAUUAGAUAUUCAGAGUCUGUACAAAUCUAGUGCCCCGAAGAAAAAGGGGAGUAAAAAGAGGAAGGGUGGUGCAGAGGAUGAUGGUGAGAUUAGGAAGAAGAAGAGAAAGAUUCGGAAAGAGGUGUCAUUAAGUAGUUUGGAGGCAGUUGGCGAGAAAAGUAGGAAUACUAUAGAUGAAUCCUGUGGUGAUGGGUUGAGUUUGGAUUUGCCAGAUUCAGGGGGAUCAGAUUCGACGUUGAGUCAGAAAUUGGAUGUAGGUAGUGGGUUGAACAGAAUUUCGCACAAUUUGGAUAAUAGCUCUAAUGUUGUUAAAGUUCCUAAGCGACGCCGAGGUUUUGUGGGACGCAAGAAAUGUGACAGAAAGGAAGUUUCUGGGCCACAGGGGCCAUUUUCCAGCAGAAUCAGUGGUUCUGGUAAUCAGAUUUCCAAGUUAAGCAGUGAAUCUGGCAAAUUGGAAGACGGUGCUGUUUCAAAGAGGUUGAAGCAUCCUUCUGGUGGAGCGUCUCCUGGGAAUCGUUUAUCUAAAUUAAAGGCUGAUUCUACUGGGGAGCUGGGAUAUGAUGACUUCAAGGAAAACAAGAUUGCUAGAGCAGGUUCAGCUCAUAAAGACAAGGUGGAAAAUGGCCACCCUGUUGUAGGUAAUGAUGAUGGAUCUUCUAGAAAGCACCUUGGCAUUCACAGCAAAAGUAAGGACUUGGCAUCAGGCAGUGAAAGCCUUGGAAAGACAGUUGAGCAUCUGGAUGAUAGUUUGAUCAAGAAACAUGAUGAUUUGAAGGACAAACAGAUUGCUGUAGUGAGUGCAGCUCAGCAUGACAAAGUAGAAGAUGGUCAUACAGUCCUAGAUAAUGGUGAUAUGUCUUCUUGGAAGCAUCGGGGAACACGCAGGAAAAAGGACUCGGCUUCAGGCAGUGAAAGCCUUGGAAGGACAGUUGAGCCUCCGGAUGAUAGUUUGAUCAAGAAACAUGAUGACCUGAAGGACAACCAGAUUGCUCAAAUAAGUUCAUCUCAUCAUGACAAAGUCGAAGAUGAUCAUCAAAUUGUAGAUAAUGGUGAUGUAUCUUCAAGGAAGCACCGUGGAACUCGGAGGAGAAAGGACUUAGCAUCAGGCAGUGAAAGACUUGGAAAGACAGUUGAGCCUCCAAGUGAUGGUUUAAUUAGGCAAUAUGAUGAUUCCCAAGAUGAAGAUGAGGAAAACCUUGAACAGAAUGCAGCUAGGAUGCUUUCUUCUCGAUUUGAUCCAAGCUGCACCAGGUCUUCAAAAAGUAGAUCUUCUGGAUCACCUAGUAGAAAUGGGUUAACUUACUUUAUGCCUUCUGAUGAGGAUUUUGUUAGUCGAGGGGUGAACUCAUCUGCUGGCUUGGAGUCGGCAUCUGGAGAUACUGCUAGCAGAGUAUUGCGACCCAGGAAAAGUUACAAAGAGAAAGGUCUGUUAAGGAAACGGCGGCAUUUCUAUGAGAUUCUUUCCAGGGAUGUCGAUGCAUACUGGGUAUUGAACAGGCGAAUUAAGGUGUUUUGGCCAUUGGAUGAGAGUUGGUAUUAUGGACUUGUCAAUGAUUAUGAUCCUGAAAGAAAGCUUCAUCAUAUUAAGUAUGAUGAUCGAGAUGAAGAAUGGGUGAACCUUCACAAUGAGAGAUUCAAACUCUUGCUUCUCCGCAGUGAAUUUCAUUCCAAGACAGAUCCAGAAAAAGCUACCUUAAGCAAUAAUCAUCAGGACAACGAUUCAACUAAAGAUGUUGAUGAUAGCCUGAUAGGUAGCGGUAUGGAAUCAGAGCCUAUCAUCUCAUGGUUAGCUCGUGCUUCUCGUCGGGUUGGCUCUUCUGCUCUUGGUGUUGCAAAAAGACCAAAAACAUCCCAUACAUCAACAAAUCAUUUGCCGCAUACAUUGCCUACAAAGUCAGAUGAUGUGCACGGGUGUUCUGACAUUGAUUCUUCAGAGAGGAAUACAAGGAAUCAAUCUUGUCAUUCUGCAUUGCUAGACAAAUGCACUGAUUCCAGCAGAGUGUUGGAUAGCAAUGGCACCCCAAAAGAUGGAAAACUACCUGUUGUUUAUUACAGGAGACGGUUUCGGAAUAGACCCAAAAUGUUGUCUGAUAUGCUUGAGAACAAAAAUGUAUGUGGGAGAGGAGCUGCCGCUUCUACCUCUUCUGCUCCCAUUGUUCAUUGCUCCCAUACUUCUGGAGAAUUUGAUUUUUCUCUUGAAGCCAUGGAACCUGAGGGCUUAUUGUGGUCAUUCGAUAAUUCAGGCUUGUUGAGAUUGACUGUUCCUUUGGGGAAAUUUAGACAAUUCAGGUUUCUGUUGGGCUUCACUGUCCCUGUCUUCAGGUACAAUUUUGGUUUAGAUAACUCUUGGAUGCUCCAUGCUGUACUGCAGCUGCAAUAUGGUGCUGUUAUAAAUACAUGGCCUAAGGUUCUUUUGGAGAUGCUUUUUGUCGAUGAUAUUUUUGGCUGCUUGAAGCAGGCCAUGGCCUUUGUUUUUAUGGUCCUAAGAGUAUUUUGUCAACCUGAUGAACAGAGGAGCUAUAUUGAUGUGCAAAUGCCAGUAACUUCAAUCAGGAGGCAGCACACUUUUGCAUUCUAUGGCUUCUCCAAAGUGAAAUACUCAAAGUGGUUGUACUUAGAUGGUAAACUCCAGCGACAAUGUUUGCUUACUAAGCAACUGCCUUUGUCAGAGUGCACAUAUGAUAACAUCAAGGCAUUGGGAGGUGGUAGUAAUCAGUCAUCCACUAGUAUGAGCUGCACGAAGCCAGCACUUGAGAGUUUACAGGAGAAGUCUAUGCAGGAUAUUGUGCCCAAGGGGGCAAUUGCUUUCCAGGAACCCUCUAGUGUAGUGAUGAAUCAGUGUUCUACCUCUGAUGCAAGGCUUGGAAAGCUUCUACCUUUUUCUCUGUCUUUUGCUGCUGCACCUACUUUCUUCCACAGCUUGCAUCUCAAGAUACUUAUGGAAAAUUGUAUUUCUUCCAUCAGUCUUCAGGAUAAUGGCUCAAUGUAUGCACUUGACCAUUCUGAAGCUGGAGGACAUGCAAUUUCUCAUGGCUGCAGUCUAAGUCAAGAAUGCUCUAAGGGUCUUUCAGAUGUCACUCUUGAGGCUAAUCCAAGAACCUCGUUGAUGGAAAAUAAAUCUUCUGGAUGGUCGCCGAGGGCCAAAUCUCAGGUAGCGACAGAGACUAUCUCAAAAUGCAUUGAUUAUCCUGAGACCAGCUCAUCUCAGGAUUUCCCAAAUGGCAAGUUUAGCAUGGAUGGAAAUCCUUUGAGCUCCAGAGACACUGGAGAAAUGGCCAGUUCUGUAGUUACACAACCACAGAAUUGGGGAUGCAAUCGCACAGAUUCGAAACAAUUUGUUGGGCUGUCCCAGCCUUCUACCAAAGAUCAGGUUUUUGUGGAUUUGCCUGACUCCAGUCAUUAUUCUGGUUUGACAGGUUUGAGUGUCAAAAUUCCCUCAGUGGACCAAGUUGUAAGGCCUGCUUCUGGUAAAACAUCUCUAGGGGCGCAAGGUGCCAAUCUGGCUCAGAAUAUGACUGGCAGCAGUGUCUGUAGUCCCUACACCACUGGUCCUAGAAGUAUGUGGCACCGCAACAACAAUAUCUCAACUUCUUCAUCUGGAGAUGUAUUGCCGGGAUGGCCUGAUGGGAAGACAGAUUUUAUGUGCAGUGGUUUUGGCAAUGGACCCAAGAAACCAAGAACCCAAGUUCAAUACACUUUGCCUUUUGAAGGUUUUGAUUUUAGCUCAAAGCAAAGAAUAAAUAACCAAAGAGGACUUCCUUUCAGACGCAUUAGGAAAUCUAGUGAGAAAAAGACAACAUGUGCUUCUAAAAGUUCACAAAGAAAUGUGGAGUUGUUGGCUUGUGAUGCAAAUGUUUUGAUCACAAUUGGGGAUAAGGGAUGGAGAGAGUGUGGAGCUCGUAUUGUUUUAGAACUUGCAGAUCAUAAUGAAUGGAGACUUGCAGUGAAGCUUGCUGGGAAUACAAAGUAUUCCUAUAAAGCGCAUCAAUUUCUGCAGACUGGUUCAACAAACCGUUUCACUCAUGCUAUGAUGUGGAAAGGAGGAAAAGAUUGGGCCCUGGAGUUUACUGAUAGAAGUCAGUGGAUGCUUUUCAAAGAGAUGCAUGAAGAGUGUUACAAUAGGAAUGCUCGUGCUGCUUCAGUUAAGAACAUUCCUAUUCCUGGAGUUCACCUUAUAGAGGAAUUUGAUGAUGCUGGAACAGAAGUUCCAUUUCCUCGCAGCUUCUCCAAGUACAUUCGGCAGGUUGAGACUGAUGUUGAUAUGGCUAUGAAUCCAUCACAUGUUUUAUAUGACAUAGACAGUGAUGAUGAGCAGUGGAUUUCACAGUACCAAAAGUCUAAAAACAGUCAUGAGAGUUGUGAAGAGAUUUCUGAAGGAUUUUUUGAGAAGAUUAUGGACAAGUUUGAAAAAGUAGCAUAUGUCCGGCAGUGUGAUUUCUUUACAGCUGAUGAAAUUGAAGAGUUCAUGGCUGGGUUAGGGCCUAUAGAAGUGAUUAAAGUCAUCCAUGAGCAUUGGCGACUGAAGAGACAAAAAAAAGGGAUGCCAUUAAUUCGUCAUUUACAGCCACCAUUAUGGGAAAGGUAUGAACAGCAAGUGAAAGAGUGGGAGACCGAAUCAAACAGUAUGCUCUCAAAUGGAUGUCAGGAGAAGGCUCCACCUGUGGAAAAACCACCCAUGUUUGCUUUUUGCUUGAAACCUCGGGGCUUGGAAGUACCAAACAAGGGUUCAAAACAAAGGUCACAGAGGAGAUUUCCAGUUUCUAGUCAUAGCCGUGGCAUCCUGGUUGAUCAGGAUGUUCUUCAUUCUUUUGGGAGGAGAUCAAAUGGAUUUGGUUUUGGAGAUGAGGAAGUUGUGUUUCAGGGAAAUGGCCAUGAAUCUUCAGAUGCUUCCCCAGUUUUUCAGGCAUCAGCUAGGGCAUUCUCACCACGAGAUGCCACUGGCUCUGGACAUUUCUCAUUGAGUGGUGAUUGGUCUGAGUGGAAUCAUCGCCCAAAACUUUAUAGGAACAAGUCUAGAAGGAUGGGGACAUUUCCCUCCCCCCGAAAUGCACAGAUGACAGCAUCAUACAAUCAGAGAACAGGUUACAGGAAUGGGGUUCAUCAGUGGAAUGUACGCAUGCCUGAGUGGCCAAACCAGAAGACCUACCUACCUGAAGUAUCUAUGAGGCAUGGCAUUGAACAAUUGGAUGGUUCAGAUAUUGAUGAGUUCAGAUUGCGUGAUGCAUCUGGUGCAGCUCAGCAUGCCCUUAACAUGGCUAAGCUCAAGAGGGAAAAGGCUCAGAGGUUGCUCUAUAGGGCAGAUCUGGCUAUUCACAAGGCUGUGGUUGCACUGAUGAAUGCUGAGGCUAUCAAAGCUUCUCAUGAGAAGUCGAAUGGCAACGCAUCAAAUGAUUCUGGAUGA